GCCCGUUAUGGAUCUCACCAGUCUGGUGCGACUGCGACUCCAGACGGCAAUGCCCUGCCCUUGAAAAGCCUCAGUGUCCAGAAACGGCCUUAUCUGGAUGCAAGACUUCCUUGAUUCAGUUCCGAUUUUGCCCCCGCGUCCCAAUUCAAUCACCACACUGACCCAAAGCGAGCAGACCAUAACCUAUUUCCACCAGGAACGCCCCAUCCCGCUCCUGAAAUGGCAAGGGCUGUUCCUCGUGUGCCGUGAAAUCUCCCUCGAGGCGCGGGCAGUGUUGUACGGCAGCAACAAGUUCCUGCUCGAGUCGUCAGACUCGAUCAAGGAGAUCCAGGACUGGUUGGUUGAGAUCGGGUCUGCCAAUCGGGGAUGUCUCCGCACCUUGUCCAUUGAUCUCUGCCGUCCCAUUGAUACACAAGGCCAUCACUCAACUCUGGAUUACAGGUUCUACCAGAUCAAUAUGCCGUGUGACUCCGACCAAACACCCGAAGAACUUCGUGAAGAGCUGACAAGGAUGGAGAAGCUCAUCAAGGCAGAUGUCAUCUCCGUUCUCCAACCGCUCUCCGGAGCUGGCAAUAAGAAUCUCAACGAUUUGACGCUGUAUAUUCCAGGCGACGAUCAAGGACGGCAGAUGCUGUAUCGGUAUGACAAUGACUUUUAUUUCCGUGGUGACCUACUUGAGGAUGAUGAUAUGAGAAAGGCGAUUUUGGAUAUUGGACCGCUGGAAUUGCUUUCUAUUGGCAGGACGGAGAGCCAAGAAUUGGCCGUGGGGGUGGCGAGGGCGAUGGGUGUCAAAACGUUGAGAGUGAGAUGGGUGAGGGCUCAUUUUGAGAGGGAAGAGGCAGAGCCGAGAUGGAACUCUGGGGGAUGGGUUCAGGAUGAGGAUAUGCUUGGUGCGAAGAUAGAAUUGGGUGCUGAGUUGAACGCUUUGACUUUGUCUUAGGGAAGAUAGUAUCUGAAGCUUGGAUCUUGCAAUCACGACUAGACUCUCAGCAUCAUGAAGGCUGGCUGGAACCACGUGAAUUAACGCUUGACGCACAACACGAGGUUAUCUACAGAAAUACAUGAGAAGAAAACAAAUGCAGAACACACCGAAAAUACGAGUAUAGAUAAUAUUUAAGUGUGUGACCCGCCUCGUAUAUACUUCCAAGAUCCUUCAGCUU